AUGCCCGAGGAGGAGGACCGCGAGCGGCGCCGGAGUCGCCGGAGGGACCUUCUGCUGAGCCAGCUCUGCUUCCUGGCCUUGGUGGCGCUGGUGCUCUGGUCGCUGUCAAGCUUGCAGGAGCAUAAUGACCUUGACUUCAUGGAUCUCAUAGGGGAAGACCGACAGUGGACGUUGGGGAGGAAGUUAAUGCAGGUGAAUGACACUUUGACUUCAGAAGACACAGACCUUCGGAGCAGCAAGAACUGCACUGAACCAGCCCUGCAUGAGUUCCCCAGUGACAUCUUUACCAACGAGGACCGGAGACAGGGAGCAGUGGUUCUCCAUGUGCUCUGUGCCAUGUACAUGUUCUACGCACUGGCCAUUGUGUGCGACGACUUCUUCGUCCCUUCCUUGGAAAAGAUCUGUGAGCGCCUGCACCUCAGUGAAGAUGUGGCUGGCGCCACGUUCAUGGCGGCGGGCAGUUCGGCCCCAGAGCUGUUCACAUCUGUCAUAGGUGUUUUCAUCACCAAGGGCGACGUGGGAGUUGGGACCAUCGUGGGCUCGGCAGUGUUCAACAUCCUGUGCAUCAUCGGAGUCUGUGGGCUCUUCGCUGGUCAGGUGGUGGCUCUGUCCUCCUGGUGCCUGCUGAGGGAUUCCAUUUACUACACGCUGUCUGUGGUCGCACUCAUCGUGUUCAUUUACGAUGAACAAGUUUCCUGGUGGGAGUCUUUAAUCCUCGUGCUGAUGUAUUUUAUCUACAUUAUCAUCAUGAAAUAUAACGCUUGCAUACAUCAGUGCUUCGACAGGAGGACGAAAGGUGCUGGAAACAUGGUCAACGGCUUGGCCAGCAAUGCUGAAAUCGAUGACAGCAGCAACUGCGACGCAACUGUGGUGCUACUCAAGAAAGCCAAUUUCCACCGCAAAGCAUCAGUGAUCAUGGUGGAUGAGCUGCUGUCUGCCUACCCACACCAGCUGUCUUUCUCUGAGGCUGGACUUCGAAUCAUGAUCACCAGCCACUUUCCCCCCAAGACCAGACUCUCCAUGGCCAGCCGCAUGUUGAUCAAUGAGAGACAAAGACUGAUAAACAGCAGGGCUUACACCAAUGGAGAAUCUGAGGUGGCCAUCAAAAUCCCCAUCAAACACACCGUGGAGAAUGGGACAGGGCCCAGCAGUGCCCCAGACAGGGGCGUGAAUGGGACUCGGAGGGAUGAUGUUGUUGCCGAGGCUGGCAAUGAGACAGAGAAUGAGAACGAGGACAACGAGAACAACGAGAAUGACGAAGAGGAAGAGGAGGAUGAGGAGGAUGACGAAGGACCGUACACUCCAUUCGACCCUCCCUCCGGCAAACUGGAGACAGUGAAAUGGGUGUUCACCUGGCCACUGAGUUUUGUCUUAUACUUCACGGUACCCAACUGCAACAAGCCCCGGUGGGAGAAGUGGUUUAUGGUGACAUUUGCUUCCUCCACACUGUGGAUCGCAGCCUUCUCCUACAUGAUGGUGUGGAUGGUCACAAUCAUCGGUUACACACUGGGGAUUCCUGACGUCAUCAUGGGCAUCACCUUCCUGGCAGCCGGAACCAGUGUGCCUGACUGCAUGGCCAGCCUCAUCGUGGCCAGACAAGGCAUGGGAGACAUGGCUGUGUCCAACUCCAUCGGGAGCAAUGUGUUUGACAUCCUCAUUGGCCUCGGUCUCCCCUGGGCCCUGCAGACCCUAGCUGUGGAUUAUGGAUCCUACAUUCGGCUGAACAGCAGGGGACUGAUCUACUCCGUGGGCUUGCUCCUGGCCUCCGUCUUUGUCACAGUGUUUGGCGUUCACCUGAACAAGUGGCAGCUGGACAAGAAGCUGGGCUGCGGAUGCCUCUUCCUGUACGGCGUGUUCCUGUGCUUCUCCAUCAUGACGGAGUUCAACGUGUUCACCUUCGUGAACUUGCCCAUGUGCGGGGAACACUGA